UCGUCGCUUCCGGCUUCUGUGUUAUCUUGCUCCUUAUCUGAAAUUGUUUUAGCAUUUACGUGACUAUAGCUCCGGCGCAAUAAUGGGCUUUCUUCUGACUUUGAGCUUUCUAGCGACUGUAAGGGGAGUUGUAACGCAGGACCUUGUCAUCGAACCUCCCGCAAGUGUACACACCAAGGCAGGGACCAAUGUCACGUUCACAUGCCGUCUCCAGCCGGUCGGCUCCCACCAACACAUCACCUCCUGUCGGUGGGUGUUCGUGGACUGCAGCACCCAACGUAGUUUGAUCUUUGGUGGCCAAAAUCAGACAAACGUCACACAAGAGAUGGACUCCGAGUUACCAGCUCCAGAGGUAUUCAUCUUGGAGAACGGCACCGCCUGCCGACUGUGGCUGCCGGCUGUGUGUCCGAGGGACGCCGGCCGGUACUUCUGCGCCGACUUGGAAACGGGGAUUCUGUCCGACGCCGCCGUGCUCGAACUCCGAAUCGCCCCCGGUCCCGAGUCCGGUCCUGGCGGUCACGGCACCUCUGCCAGCUGCCCUCAUGAUAAAGACGAUGGUGUUGAUAACAACUCGUCGCGCGGGGAUUACAAGGAGCAGCACCGCAACCAUCUCACGGUGAUUGCAGCGGUUGUCGGUACGAUCCUCGUGCUCCUCAACGUCUCACUGGGAGGUGCCGCCUGCUACUACCGCCGGCUGGUCUGGCGAAUCAACCGGGAGGACUCCAAGCUGGACCUGGACUUGAUCCGGAUGCAGUCCCAGGCGGCAGUGCUUCAGAAGGAGACCGAGCUCCUGGCCAACGGGCCAAGCCCGGACGGGCAAGAAGAACGCUACCUACCGAGCUGAACUGUAUACAACAUCGUCUUCAAAAACACGCAAGGUCCCUGUGUACUUUACUGAUGGUACCGUAUAUAUACAUAAACAGGUGUACCGAAUGCCAUGGCAUGAUGCACCUUGUUAAAAACCCAUUAUCUCUGUUCCUGUGAAUGUUAAGAAGAUCAUGUAUGAUCAAUUAUCAACUACGCAAAACGCCUGGAUCAAACAUGGUAUGCAGGGUGCAUGGAAAAUAUCUGUGCAGCCAACACAUUAACAACCAUCUCUUCGACUAUUAGAGACAUAAAUAUUAUGGUAAAGUGGCUUACUUAAGGACGGCACGUAAACCAUGUGGACACGAAGAUGAGAUAUGGCAGACACUUAUAUGGCGCUGUUU